ACUUCUUUAAAAGGGCUUUUAAACUCUUAACCAGGGAGCCGUCACCCUGACACACCACUCCUCAGCAGAAGUGCCUUAGACUUCUCCAAGCCACGGUUUUCUUCCUUUUUGCAAGAACAACACCAAAUACCUUGGAAUCAAAGGAACUGUCAAGGUGAUGGACACUCAUGCCAGCUGAAGUUGGUGCAACCAGACACUUCCUUAUGGAUUUUGGGCACAUUUCUACCACUAAAUUGUCUGCUUGGAUUGAUUAAUGACUUCUGAAUUGCAGUGAGAAUUAGACGAAUUAUCUCUGGUUGAAGAACAGCCACCAAAACCUGAGUGCAAAUUACAAACUGCAGAAUUUUCCAGUUCAAGGAAAAACAGGAAGAAACAGGUGCAAAUUACCUUUCCUUAAAAAAAAUGUUCUUUACAGUGUCUUGGGUGGACUCUGGGAAGCUGGUGACACUAGGCAGCCUCCUGUUGCUGAUCUUCUCACAAAUACUGGUAAAAGAGGCUGUGUCCCCCACCCUGAUGGAUAUGGCUCCGCAUUCCUUUGAUGACCAGUAUCUGGGGUGCAGAGAGGAGAUGAUGGAAGAACUGGAGCGAGGAGACUACUUUCAAAAGGAAAUAGCUGCUAACAAGGACUACUUGUGUCUCUGGAAGAAGGCUCAGAAGGCUUUGCUAAAGAGCCCUGUAGGUCUGCUGAGGGAAAUGCGUGACAGCCAUGCCACAGUCCUAAUGGCUUACACCAUGAACUCCUCCCUGCACUCGCAGCUGAACUGGGCUACAUCUACAGCAGGAAUCUCUCCAGAGCACUACAGACACAACUUCAGCUUUAAAUAUUUUCACUUCUACCUAGUAACUGCUAUCCAGAUAUUGAAGGAAUGGCAAAUCAGCAUGGGGGAACAUAAGUGUUACCAGGUGCACAGGGGUGUAAAGGACUUAUAUAUCGAGGCCAAGGUAGGCAGCAGGGUGCGAUUUGGCCGUUUCACUUCUACCUCCCACCUCAGGAAUGAAGCCCAGAAGUUUGGGAAUGAGACUUUGUUCACAGUGACUACUUGCCUGGGAGCAGCUAUGCACGGCUUUUCUUACCACACAUUUGAGAAGGAAGUCCUCAUUCCCCCUUAUGAGAUAUUUCUUGUCAAAAGCUUCCUUCAAACCCAGCAGGGUAACCGGCUGCAUCUGCAUUCUGUGGGGAACUACAGCAAGUACCAGUGCCAGCUGGUGGAAGCUUCAAGAAGCAAGAACAGUGGUUAUACUGCACUCACCUCUGCUGUUCUCCCUAGUGUGCUUGGAGUUUCCCUGUGCUUGACCCGCAAUCUCUGAUUCUCUGGCUGCAUCCAGAUAUGUGCCCUUAAAUAGCAGGCAAGAAGCCUCUGGAGUUCCUGCUGCUACAGAAGGUUCAAUCUUCCCUUUGCUUUUGGCUGCAACUCUGCAGUCAAAACUGAACAUUCAGCUUGGUUUAUCAAAACAGACAUUCCCUGGAGUCACUCAGGUAAGACGAAGGCUAUCCAUGGACUUUCUGAAGACUAAAUCAGGGAUAACCUUCACUGAAAACAGCUUUGUCCUGACGCAUUCAGGAAAGACACACAGGGACUUUGAACUCCUUACAGAUCUCUUAAUACCUUUAUUUUUAGUGAGAAAGAGGCAGACGUGGCACCAUGGCAGUAAAGUCAAGCGGGUAACUGGGCAGCUGUGCAUGUCUCCUUUGAGUGCAGGGAAAGGUGGUGCCAAGAUGUGCAUCAAGGAGUCGGAUUACUGUGUUGGUUGAAGACACAGAGAAGUACAUUAAGUUGUGUAGAUUCUGGCCAGCCCUGAACAGCCUUUCUUUGGCACUCUUAUAAACAAGAUGGACUAACAUUUCUGGAGUGGUGUCUGACUCUGGAAAGAAAAUAGAGAAAAUCCAGAAGGCAUUAUUACAGGGGAAUCAUGGAGGAAUAAAGGUGGAUAUAUUUUUAGCUAGAUUGUUACAUUUCUGAAAUCAAUUAUCCAAACUGCUAACCCACCUGAACCAUUCUUCCCCAAGACAUUAGUUGGAAGAAAACAUAGAAAAAGUUCUUGACAGCCUUUUCUGGGAUCUUACCAAGCAGCCAGGAAAAUAUGGUGUAAGCAGCUGCAAGUGUUGUUUCUCUGUUGGCUGCAGGAAGUAUGACUUUGACCUGUAAUCUUCAAAGUAAAGGAAGUGCUGUAAAUUAA